UGGCAUCUUCCAUAGCAAAUGCAUUUGGCACAGCCAGAGCCCAUCGCAUACAGAUAUUAGAUCCAGUGAAGAAUUCAGGAAACAUUUCGUUAUUAAUAAAUAACAUUCACUGAAGUGUGAAUUGGCUCUAUGAGUUUAUAUGGGGAAAACAACGAUAAGUGUUUAAUUCCGUCAGAAAGUCCAGUUUUUUACUGGGCCACCACAGACGUAUACAUAAGUUACAGUUGCGCAUCCUCGAAUUUGUUUGCUUUAUUGCCGUUGAUCCGCUAUCGCAUGAGUUAAAAAAACUCUAAUAAACUACAGUUCUCGCGAUAUAUUGGUUAAUUAAUUGGAUAAGGAUCAGAAUCGUAAGAUAAAAACAGGACCUUUGUAACAUGUCUAGUUUUUGCAUUUAAUCCAAAUGAGGUAAGCAUUUCGUGCUGGCUGUGUGCCUUCGCCCGUUUUGCUACGUCUAUUGUGCCUAAAUAACACGCCAGCUGCGAUAAAGAUUGUUGAGUUAAUUUGCGGAUGCAUUUUGACGAAAGUAUGGCGUUUGGAGCAUCAACAACAUCAAUUCAAUCCAUGAGCAUUGGUGGCGGUAGUUCCUACGAUGGGAAAAUAGCUGGAUUGUAUGAUUUGGAAGAAACAUUAGGUUCUGGGCACUUUGCUGUAGUAAAAUUGGCUCGACAUGUAUUUACAGGUGCUAAAGUAGCUGUUAAAGUAGUGGACAAGACAAAGUUGGAUGACGUUUCUAAAGCUCAUUUAUUUCAAGAAGUGCGGUGCAUGAAACUGGUGCAGCAUCCAAAUGUAGUACGACUAUAUGAGGUCAUUGACACACCAACAAAACUCUACUUGGUGUUAGAAUUAGGUGAUGGUGGCGAUCUAUAUGAUUACAUAAUGAAACAUGAAGGAGGCCUGAGCGAAGAAUUUGCUCGAAAAUACUUUAAACAAAUAUUAAGGGCUAUCACCUAUUGUCAUCAACUGCAUGUUGUUCACAGAGACCUGAAACCAGAAAACGUAGUGUUUUUUGAAAAAAUUGGUGUAGUUAAGUUGACUGACUUUGGAUUUAGCAACAAGUUUUCCCCGGGUCAGAAGCUGGAAACUUUUUGCGGUAGUUUGGCUUAUUCUGCGCCAGAAAUACUUUUAGGCGAUUCUUAUGAUGCACCAGCAGUUGAUAUAUGGUCAUUGGGCGUAAUUCUAUAUAUGCUAGUUUGUGGUCAACCACCUUUUGAAAAAGCUAAUGAUUCAGAGACGCUAACCAUGAUUAUGGACUGCAAAUAUACGGUACCCCCACAAAUAUCUCAGAACUGCAAACAGUUAAUUAGCUCAAUGCUAGUGCGUGACCCAAAAAAUCGAGCUACGUUGGAACAGAUCGCGGCGCACCCCUGGAUAAAUGAAAUCUCUGAGUUUGAUGCAACUGAUAGUUUUCCAUUGAUAAGCCGACAGCAGCUCAGUGAUGAAGAUCAUGCCUUCAUUGUACAGAAAAUGAUUAAUGGAAAUAUCGCCUCAAAAGAAGAGAUUUUGCAGGCGUUAGAUAAAAACAAGUACAAUCACAUCACGGCGACAUAUUUCCUUUUGGCAGAGCUAAAACUUCGGAAGCGACGCGAAGAACAAUAUCCCAAAAAACACGCACCUAUUCUCUUACCAGAUGUGGUUACGACGAAGUCUAACCUAUCAGAUAUAAAGCGCGGGCAGAUACCAGAUAUCAAGAUAAAAUCUACAGAUUCGAAUAAAAUCAUAUUGCCCAUAAAUAUGGUAACCCGACCUGCAACCGAAUCUAAAACGGAUAAACGUAGCAGAAAGUGUAGUAUUGUUCGAGAAGAGGACGAAGACGAGUCGGGUUAUGAGAACACAAAUGAUACCAAUGAGUUACGUAUAGCUGUUACACGGCGUGAAUCAAUAUCAGAUGGUCGUUUGAAUUGUGUUGUUCAAGAGCGAACAAAAUCAAACACUAUAACGCAAAUAGAUGAUCGUGAAAAAAUGACUGCAUCGGUUGAUGCUACUUUAGUCCAUAAGCUUAACCAAAUCGAAAAUCAUGCCGUCUGUGAUACAAAUGUGACAAAAGGCGCAGUAAAUCAUAGCACCGGUAAAUUAGUAACAGUGGAUGACGCAGUGAGGGGAAUGAAAGACCUCGAAAUAGGGAAAUUAAAUCCCUUGCCAAUGAGUAACAAAAACCCGGUACUGACUCAUAGACGUAGUAAACUAAGCAAAAUUCGAACACCAUCAUGCAGUAGCUCCGAGGCAUCAGACGAUGAUACUAAGGCGCGCAGCAAGAAAAAAAUGAAUAAAUUUGUUGGUGACACUCCAACAAGAUUUCGCAUGCAUCGGCGAGAUUCUCACGAUGACUCAAGUGAUUCGCAAGAUCAGUCUUGUCCUCCAUCUGGAUCCCAAAUACCACCGGGGCAUUUAGUUGCCGGCAGUAACUCUAACGGGAGCGGCAAAAAAGAAAACCAAAAACACAGUAAAGAGCAACAUAAAACCGAUGACACGCGGAAAAAUUGCAAUUCGCAUACUGAACGGCACAAGAAACAGCAAAAAGAUGACAAGGAGAAAAAUACUCGCAUCGGUAAUAGUUUAAAAUCAGAAUCGCUAAUGUGCGGUACAGGGCGCCGUCGUGUUCGAGAGAGCCAGUCGCUGGAUCGCAUAACCGAGGCACAAGAAUAUGAAUUUCGUCAAAAGUGUCUUACAUCUGAUCUGCAAAUCGAUCUAAGGAAUUCGUUAUUUAAUCUUAAUUCAUUUACGGUUGCAGAAACUAAGGAAGAAUAUGACGAGGAAGCCGUUUCUAUUGAAUCAGACAAAUUGAAAAACAAUUGCAUUUUCGCAGCAGACAACUCAAUUCAUAUAAAACGUGGAAGCAUUUGUGAAUUGAAUUCAAUAGAAGAUAUUGACCUAAUUCUAGAAGAAAAAAGUCUAACAAAAGCAAUGCAAAUUACUGGCUCAAAAUGUUUUGUUACGAUGAAGAAGAUUCGUAAGCUAGGCAAAUACUUUCCCGUAGUAAAUUUUUCUUAAUACCAUAUGUGUCAACAGAACAACUACUCACACAGAGGCAGAAUUCAUGAAAAAUAUAAAUAGAUAUUUUAAUUAAAUUAAUUCAAACCUUAAAUUAUAAUCUAAUAUUCAAUGCAAUAUUCUUAGUAAUUAUAAAUAAAUCGCAACAAA